AUGAUCAAUUACCUUACUAAUCUACCUAAUCGGAUUCCAGAAAAACAAAGAGCAUUUCAAGCUGAUACAAGGCUUGUGCACCAGAAAUUACCAAGAGCAAGACUUUAUAUGGGUGUUUAUUAUACUAUCUUUACUUCUUCUAUGUUAUUUUCGACUUAUGGGUUAUACAAGUUGAUUAAAGGAAAGAAAUGA